CGCUGCUUCAACAUCUCAUACCCUUUUCGCGAAUCACGGUUUCUUCAUCACUCACUUCGUCGGUCUCCUCGGGCGCAAGUAGAAAUCUUCUUUCGAAGUUUGAGCCUCCAGAACGUCUGUGGUUCCAACCUUAGUAUCUCGAAGUCAGAAGCCUUCUCACCAGACUUCACUUUCCGAGUCUCAAAUCCUCAGCGUCACUAACCGAACGAAGAGAACGGCAUGGAUUAUAUAGUCCGUUCGAUCAAUCAAGGUGCUGCCAGCACUGGGGAGAAGCGGCGCUUUCCUAGUCCUGUUAUUGCCCUGGCGCGACGAUCAUGUGACGUCGCGUUGCCCACCGUCGAGCCUCGUACUUCAAGCCAACUUAAUCUCGGCACGCACCGCGCGCCUUCCGCAACCCGAAGUCCAACGUCUACAAACACCAACGAGGGUCACGUCGAGAUCAAGAGAGAAGCAUCAGUGCUCGAACAUGUCGUCAUCUCUGACAGACCAAAAGAGAAGAUCUUUUUCCUCAAGAGGAUGGUAGAGGGCCGUCCGCAUUUCGAUGCUUUGAUUGAAGUCGGCCGAGGGCAAAUGCGUCUCAACGCCGAGCAAGCCAAGAUUGAGUAUGCUAUCUGGGAGGCGAGUGAUGACCUCUUCAUCUAUCGGCAGGCUGGACCAGAUUUCCGGAUCCUACAGUCUAUGGGCAGCAUCGAGUACCAUGGUGCCAACAACGAGAAGUACGUCAAGUACACCUUUACCAUCAAGACUUGUGGUUUCAUUUGCCAGCGGGAUGCGAAUAACCAGCUCAACGUCGUGAAGCUCACAGUGAGCGGGAAGUCAUUCCUCCCUCAUCGAGAGAUAGACAAGAAGAACUUUCUCCACCACGCCAAGUGGCAUAAACGCGUCAAGAACAUGGCCCGUCACCUGGGCUUGAAUCUGCGAACCUUCUACGACGGGGGAGGAAAGCCAAUGACGGCGAAGAAUUGCGGCGAUUGGCGGGCGGGGCACAUCGAGAAGAAGUUGGCUACCCAUGUAGCAUACGCCAUGCUGAAAUAUUUCGACAUCAAGAUCGAUAAGAAGCAUAACGCCUCGCUCAAAGACCUCGAUCGCCUUCGUCAACAUCUCAAAACCCAAGGCGCAGCGCCUCACUUUGAGAUUCAUCUCAGUCGAGGCCCCUGUGGGACUUUCAAGCGUCCUGGUCAAUGCCUUCCAUUCGUCAGAAAACUAGGAGCGGCAUCGGGCAUCAAGUUUACCAUUCAUUCUUAGGAGGAGAAUGUUAUUCUCGAUGGCUCGGUUCCCCCCAAACCCGAAGCAAGAAAGGUGAACAACGAGCUCUGCGCACUUAACCACAGGGAGAAUCUUCCCAGCUCCGGUAUUGACGAUGUCGACUAUGACAGUGAGGAGGAGGAUCUUCGGCUUCACCUUGCUGAUGCCGGGGGCCAGAAAGACGACAUUGUGUUUGACGGCUUCGAU